AUAAAAGGGAUCGCCAUUGGCAUCGUCAGUAUCAAACAUCACAACUGCAAAGAUGGCAUUUGCUCUACGCUCGUUGUUCCUCCUUUGUGGGAUUAGUGGACUGCUGACUGGGGUUUGGUCUUUCCCUGCAAAAGAUACUGCCAACGUCAACUGCCCUGCAGGCUGGACUCAGUUGGACUGUUCCUGUUACAUUUACCAAGACGAAGCAAGGAACUUUGCAGAUGGAGAGGCCGUGUGCAACAUUCUUGGUGGAAAUCUGGUCUCCAUUCAUAAUGCCCUGGAAAACGCAAUUGUUCAACAAUUGAUUGCUGCAGAGGAUACCGAUCCUGGCACUCCUAACCUUGCCUGGAUUGGACUUCAUGAUUCAAUUGAGGAUGGUGACUACAUUUGGACUGAUGGCACAGUUGAGAAUUUCCGCAACUUUGGUUCAGGGGAGCCCAAUAGCAGUAAUGGUGAUUGUGUACGGAUGGAUGAGACGACUGGACUUUGGGAAACGGGUGACUGUCCAAUCGAAGACGAAUAUGUUUGCAUCCAGGAGGCACACCAUUUCUACUAAUAAUUACUCAUUUUACCAUGAUCUGUUCCUGAAAUCAUGAUGAGGCAAUAUCAAUCUUUUUUGGUGUCUGUAUUUUUUGGGUUUACUCUCAAAUUUAUUUUCCUUUCCUAUUCCUUUAAGUAUUGCUGACAACAAAUGUGUACUCAAAUGUGUCAAGUACAUAAAGGAAUCUGUCUGCAUCAAAA